GAAUAAUAGACCGUAUAGUCUGAUAAAUUUGAACGUUUGCCGAAAAUAAGUCCGCCAGCAAAUUAAUAUCUCUGGUAGGCUUUUGCUAAAGACAGAACGGAACCGGAAGCAGCUGUUAAAACGUAUUCAACCGACUGCAAUGGCCGCUGAUUCACUUGCUCGUAUACCAAAAUGUUUAUUUACCUUCAACGAAAAAACUCGCCGAGCUUCCAGUCACGAAUAGUCAGAGCCACUUUGUCAGUCGAGAAAAAUAACAGACGUCCUCCGAGAAGAAUUAACAUUUUGUUUCUUUGAGAGUCAUUGCGACUCCCACGCACUACCUCUACUGGCCAGAAGAUGGCGGCGUUGCAAAACUCACGAGUCGCUUCACAGCGCGCGCGUGAGAGAGACAGAGAGUGAGAGAGAGGAGGGAUUUCGUCUCCUCCUCCUCUACAUCAUCCAUCUCUUCCAAAAGGAUGAGUCGGUGUGUGCGUUGCACCUGUUUUAUGUAGUGUUCGGGCCAUCGGCCGCCGACAUGCUCUGCUUCAGCCACUGUCAUUAGUAGCCACACGGUGAGGUUGAGACGAGCCCGCUCGGUGUCCCCAGACAGGCCUGGAUUCAGUGUAGAGGAUGUGUUGAUUCAUCAUUGUUCUUUUUUUUCUUUUCUUCUGUCGGGGGUCGCAGCAGUGAGACAGCAUCUUUGCCGGGUGACACAUCAUUAUCAGUACGAGUGGAUAAGCCACCAUGUCGGACAAAAGUGACCUAAAAGCAGAGCUCGAGCGCAAGAAGCAGCGCCUCGCCCAAAUCAGGGAGGAAAAAAAGAGAAAGGAGGAGGAGAGGAAGAAGAAAGAGGUAAGGAAGAAAUCCGAGAGCCAGCAGAAGGCUGAGGUGACCCCAGAGGAUUCAGACUUGGACCGGAAGCGCAGGGAGACGGAAGCCCUCCUCCAGAGUAUUGGUAUAUCACCAGAACCUCCACUAGCCCAUUCUUUGCAGCAUUUAAUGGUAGAUUCAUGUUACUUUCAUUAUUUAGUCCCGACCCCUGUGUCCCCCUCCAAAUCAGUGAGCACGCCCAGCGAGGCAGGGAGCCAGGACUCAGUCGAUGGAGGCGCGACAGGCAGGUCAGGUUUCUCUAAAAACAAGUCCCAAGCACAGAGCGCAAGGACGCUGCAGUGGGACACAGACCCGUCUGUGCUGCAGCUGCAGGCUGAUUCUGAGCUCGGGCGGAGGAUGCAGAAGCUGGGGGCCUCUAAGAUCACACAGGUAGACUUCCUUCCCAAAGAGGUGGUCUCUUACUGCAAAGAGACACAGACACCACUCGCUGCCCACCUGUCUGAAGUAGAGGAGGAGGAGGAAGAUGAGGAGAUGAUGGAGGCAAAGCCAGGCCCCGAGUCAGAGCAGCAGGAUGAAGACGACAACAGAGAAAACAAAGAAGGCUCGUUUUCGGUGCUGAGGGAGCUGACGGAGGAGGAGAGGCAGCAGAUCCUUCACUCCUCCGAGUUUCAGAGCUUCUUUGACUGCAGCAUCCGGGUGAUGGAGAGAGCGCUGGCCGAAGACAGCGACAUUUUCUUCGACUACAGCGGCCGGGACCUGGAGGACAAAGAGGGAGACUCAGGUAGUGGCUCCAGUCUCUCUUUAAGUCGGCUCUUCUAUGAUGAACACUGGUCGAAACAUCGCGUCAUCACCUGUCUUGACUGGUCUCCUCAGUAUCCAGAGUUGCUGGUCGCCUCCUACAACAAUAAUGAAGAUGCUCCUCAUGAACCGGAUGGUGUUGCCCUGGUGUGGAACAUCAAAUUUAAGAAGGCCACCCCCGAGUACAUCUUUCACUGUCAGUCUCCAGUGGUGUCUGUGGGCUUUGCCAGGUUUCAUCCCAACCUGGUGGUGGGGGGGACCUACUCGGGGCAGAUUGUGCUGUGGGACAACCGCAGUCACCGUCGGACCCCUGUCCAGAGGACUCCACUAUCUGCUGCUGCACACACUCACCCAGUGUACUGCGUGAACGUGGUCGGCACCCAGAAUGCCAACAACCUGAUCACUGUGUCCACAGACGGCCGGAUGUGCUCCUGGAGUCUGGACAUGCUCUCCCAGCCGCAGGAGACCAUGGAACUGGUGUACAAUAAAUCCAAAGCGGUGGCGGUGACAGGCAUGGCGUUUCCCACGGGGGACGUUAACAACUAUGUGGUGGGGAGUGAGGAGGGCACAGUGUACACUGCAUCCAGACAUGGCAGUAAGGCGGGUAUCUGUGAGAUGUUCGAGGGCCACCAGGGGCCAGUGACAGGCGUCAGCUGUCACAGCGCAGUGGGCACCGUGGACUUUUCCCACCUCUUCAUCACGUCCUCAUUCGAUUGGACUGUCAAACUCUGGAGCACCAAGCACAACAAGCCUCUGUACUCGUUCGAGGACAACGCAGACUACGUGUAUGACGUCAUGUGGUCACCUGUGCACCCGGCCAUCUUUGCUGCCGUGGAUGGCAUGGGCCGCUUAGACCUGUGGAACCUCAACAACGACACAGAGGUACCAACUGCCAGCGUCACCGUCGAGGGAGCGUCGGCCCUGAAUAGGGUCCGCUGGUCUUCAGGGGGGAAGGAUGUGGCUGUGGGCGACUCCGAGGGCCGAGUCUGGAUCUACGACACUGGAGAGCUGUCGGUGGCUCACGCAGAUGACUGGUCGCGCUUCGCCCGCACCCUGAUGGAGAUCCGUGCUAACCGGGCGGACGGCGAGGAGGAGGGGCCUAUGGAGCUGGCUUCAUAGGACAGGCGGAGCGAGUCAGAGAGCUGGUUGUGCUUUCAUCGGUGUCACUGUAGCAUGUGCUUCUCACCCAGUUUUGUUCGCCACCUUUUGUGCCCACGUUCCCGCCCGGUCCAGACGAGGCCGCACUUCUAUUGUGUUUUUGCAUUUGCUCUACUGUGAAUGCAAACCGUCUACUAAUGGGUAAACCGUCGACCUCUGGCGAUUUGUCCACUCUUAUUUAUUUGUUUUUAACGACUUAAGGUGAUGUGUUGCUUGCAACUGGUGAGCCUACAGUAUAUACUGAGUGGCAGUCUUAUAGCCUUACGAAGAUAUGUGUACUGUAACGACACUUUGCACUAUGGUCAAAAUGAAGCAGGGUCCAUAGACUUAGUCGUGUUGUUGUUUACAAAACGUCACGUUCACUUUAUGUUGUGCUCCUCUCCUCUGUAGUAAGCCUGCAUGCAACACAUUCCUGAAAUAUUCCAGAUGCAUAAACACAAGAGUUAUUACGGUGACGUUUUCACACUGUGUGGCUGCUGUAACGUCAGUGUUUCAGGAUCAUUUCGUCUUUUGUUCUGAACGAGAGAUGCAACUACAUAUUCUUUCAUGGACUGUGACGGCGAACAAGAGCUGCAGUAUGUUGUAAUGCGGAGUGCUCGCUGUGAAACCUGCUGUUUACCAUUAAAGCAGAGCUGGUGAAUUCA